ACACUCACAUAUAAACCUGGAUAACAUGUGGAGCUGAUUCGGAUUAUAGAGCCGCACAGACGGAAAAGGUCUGUGGAUCGCCAGGCGUUCUACCAUGCCUGUCCCCCUACCCCUCAAUCCCCGCAGACAAAAACACCUGCCCCACACACACCUCCACCCCGAACAAAGGGCAGAACGUUCCACCGUCCCUUCCCUCUUCCCUCCAUCCAUUCUCUCUCUCCCUCUUCUCCCCCCUCUCCUUGUCUCAUCUUUGCCCUCCUCAUCCCAUCUCGUCCACUGCGCCUGCCCCAGGACUACGAAAAGAACCCUUCCCGACUCUGUCCCUUUCCCGGUGUUUCACUGGCUGACUCUGGUCACAUGCUGCCUGCUGCCUUCUCUAAUCGGAGCGGGGGAGACGUGGGGUGUGGUCUCGGCCUGUCCCUUCCACUGCGUGUGUCGAAACCUUUCAGAGUCGCUCAGCACACUCUGUGCCGACAAGGGCCUCCUGUUUGUCCCCCCGCACGUUGACCGCCGCACUGUCGAGCUGCGACUGGCUGACAACUUCAUCACAGAAGUGGGCGGGACUGACUUUGUCAACAUGACUGGUUUGGUAGAUCUGACUCUGUCGAGGAACACCAUCCACUCGAUCCGACCAAUGGCUUUUGCUGACCUUGAGAGUUUGCGCUCGUUGCAUCUGGAUGGUAAUCGCUUGACUAUACUUGGACCCAGGGACCUCGCAGGUUUGGUCAAUCUGCAACACCUGAUCGUCAACAACAACCAGCUGGUCAAAGUCUCUGUCCAGGCCUUUGAUGACUUCUUGCUCACACUGGAAGACCUCGACAUGUCUUACAAUAACCUCAGGAGGGUACCGUGGGAGUCCAUUCAGAACAUGGCCAGUCUGCACACUCUCAACCUGGACCAUAACCUGAUAGACCACAUAGCCGAAGGAGUGUUUGGAGAGCUGUACAAACUUGCAAGGCUGGAUAUGACCUCCAACAGGCUCCGAACCCUGCCUCCUGAUCCCCUCUUUGCAAGGUCCCAGACAGGUGCAAUAAGUCCCACCCCCUACAAUGCUGUCAUAAGCUUAAAUUUUGGUGGGAACCCGCUGCACUGCAAUUGCGAACUGCUAUGGUUACGGCGGCUUAUCCGUGGAGAUGACAUGGAAACUUGUGCCACACCUGCUCACCUCGCUGGAAGAUAUUUCUGGUCAAUUCCUGAGGAGGAGUUUACUUGUGAACCACCUCUCAUCACCCGUCACACUCAUAAGCUGUGGGUGCUGGAGGGCCAGAGAGCCACGCUAAAAUGCCGUGCCAUUGGCGACCCUGAGCCAGUAAUCCACUGGGUUUCACCAGAUGACCGCAUCAUUGCGAAUUCAUCCCGGACCAGCUCCUUCAGCAAUGGGACCUUGGAUAUCUUAGUAACAGUAGCCCGGGAUGACGGGGCAUACACAUGUAUCGCAAUAAAUGCAGCAGGCGAAGCGACGGCCACUGUGGACCUGAAAAUAAUCCCUCUUCCUCACAGGGGAGGAGCAGGUGGAAACACAGGGAAUAACAACGUGAACACCAAAAGCAACAGGAAUGUGACCAAUGGGAUUUUACGGACCGAUCCGGGCUCUUCGGAUAUCAGCACAGGGAAAAACGGAGGGAUUAACAACGGCGCAGGACGUGGCGGAGAAGUGGAGGACGGGAAAAAAGGUGGAGGUGAGGACGACGAGGGCGUCACUAGCAGGGCCCCCGAAGGGGAGACGGCUGACGGAGGGAGCAUGGAGGACGACGAGGGGGACGAGGAGGAAGGAAGGCUGGUUGGGGUACAAGGAGUAACAUCAACUUCAGCUCAGGUCCGAUGGGAUUUGGGCCGUUUGUCUACAGCUUACGUUGUCUGGAUGUAUCAGAUACAGUACAACUGCACCGCCGACGAGACACUCAUCUACAGAAUCCUGCCAUCGACCACUGACCGUUUCCUGUUGAAGAACUUGGUUUCCGGCGUGGACUAUAACCUGUGUGUAUUGGCCAUUUUCGACGACAGCAUCACAUCAUUAGCGGCAACAAAAGUCCUGGGCUGUGCUACGUUCUCCACCAAGGAUGUUUACCCAGCAUGCCGCUCUCUCCAAGCCCAUUUCCUGGGCGGGACACUCACCAUAUUGGUUGGCGGUGUGGUUGUCGUCACCCUACUCGUGUUCACUGUGGCGCUCAUGGUUCGCCACCGUGUCUGCAAUCAUGGUGACCACAUGAUAUGUCACAACAGCAACACUGAGGCAGGAGGCGGAGCCUGCUGUCAGGGUGGAGGUGGAGGGAAUGGAGACAAAGGGGGAAACAGCAGCGGGUGCUACCAAUCAAAUGGUUCUGGGGACAUGAUGAUGGUGGUCCUGCCCAAUGGUCUGCCUUCAAAGAGAGGAGGAGACAAGGAGAGGGACAAUGGGAAGGACAAGGACAAGGAGAAGGAAGCGGCUGAUUCUGCAUCUUCUCUCCCUCCAAAACUCCCGCCAAAGCCCAGACCCAAGCCUAAAGUUAACCUGGAGCAGUUUCUAUCCGCUGGGGGAGUAGUUUCCACAACGACAGGGGCAGGGGGUGAGAUGGCGUUGGUGGUGAGGCAAAGGAAGCUAGAGAAGGCGCCACCAUACAGCCUUGACAGUGACAGAACUCCCCUCUACUACUCCCCUUCCCCUCCAUCCACCCUGCCCCGUCAGUCACACUCCAGGGAGCGGCCAAAACCCCGUCUGGAGCGAGAACUGACCAAUCGCGCCAGUUUCUCUCUGGCUGCACCCCUGAGAGACUCAGAGCUGUUGGACUGGAGAAUCACUCCCCGCAGGGACAAAUGGAACUCCUCACAGGCUUACCAGAGCCCGGUGUCCCCUCUAAGCCCUGCUUGCGGGAUCGUUAGCAAACGGCGGCACUCGCUGGAUAUGGGCUCCUCCGUUGCCCUAGCGACUGAUGCUGCGGCGACUGUUGCCAAGCGCUAUGGUGCUGUCAGUUACGCCAAGCGGCUGAGCGUGAUCUGGACAAGGCGGAGCCAGUCACUUCAUGGAAUGCUGGUGCAGUGCGCCUCGACGACAAGCACAACAUCUUCGACGGCCAGCGAUGAGGCUGAAAAUGCCGGGGGCUUUGGGGCGCGCUGCGAGUUCCAACGGGGGUACAUCCACGCUUAUAACACCACCAACUCCAACUCUAACACUGGGGUAACUGCUGGGAAAGCAAGCGGUGUAAAAGACAAGGGGAGGGAAAAGGGGAAGGAAGGACGGAGUGCUGAAGAACUGGAGGAAAGUGUUGUGUAGGGGGUUUUGGACCAGAACAAAAAAAAAAAUUAUGGAUAAAGGGUUCUGUGAGGGGACAGUCUAAAUGGGAUCUUGAUUUUAAGGAGAGCAAAGAGGUGGAGUCAGAGGAGAAAUUGUGGCUGCAGGAAAGUGAAGAUGAAGUGAUUGCAGAUGAGGAAGGGAAGGUUGCGAGUUCAGAGGAAGAGAGAGUAAAAUUGACUCCAGUCUCACUCCUUGAUUUGCCCUGGGAGAAGUCAAGGAAAAUGGAGAGGAGUGGGGAAAAUGUACCUGGAAGGGAGGAAGAAAGAUUUCAAAGAGGCUCUUUACAGCUGACCAGAAGAGUGAUGGGCGGAAAAAUAAGGGAGGGGAGAGAGAUGUGACAGGGAAAGUGGGUGCGUGAAAGAAACUUAAUGGAUGACAGUUUUAACGUGGUCUUUAAAAACUGGAAGCUGAAAAAAUGGAGUGAUACAAGACAAAAGAAAGUAGUAACACAAAAACAAAACUGAAGACAAAGAGUGACAGUUGUGAGAACAGAGAAAGUGAAUGAUAUAUAGUCGCUGAGGGACAGACGUAAUCAAAUGGGAAAACAUCAAUAGAGCAACAGAACAAAGGAUAUACGGCAGAGCGAGAUGGCGUGAGCUCAGCGUGGAUCUCAGUAAAGCCUAUACACUAAUAGAACCAGACUACUGCUAACACUUUCUCAACAACUCUCCAGGGCCUCAGCCCUCACAGCACCACAAGGGUUUACACUGGAUCAAAAACAACAGAACCGGUAAUACAAAAAUACUACAGAGAAAAAAAAAAGAAAAAAAAAAAAAGGAUGACAGUCCUGCUUUGUUAUCUUGUUUUUUUGACUGCAACACUGGCGGCCAUUUUGCAACACAAUGAAUGUGACUUUUAUGUGUCCUCUGUGGGUGGACAAUGAUUUUGGCUUGCCAUGCUUGCGGAUUAUGGGAACAUAAAUACAGAGCCGAGUGCAUUGGACAUGAUCAAUCGAUAUGGGCUGGAAAGAGCGAGUGGAGCAGAGACAUUAUUAAAACAAAGACGUUGGGAUUACAAUGAAGUCGAUAUGGAUUACAAAAUGGUGGAGACAAGGGUGUAUGAUGGUGCAUUUCUGAAAGACCAGAUUGUAUUGGAUGUCUGAUUAUAACGGACCAAACUCAUGAAUAAUGCUAAUGGAUGCAUAAGUGUGCAUGCACUGAUGGGUCAGGGUUAAGAUGUGUGGAUGUGAGCCCCUGUAUGUUUGUGUGCGCACAUGUAUAUGAAUGUUUGUGAGGGGCAAUCCAGCCACCCGGACUCCAUUUGUGUCUCAUAAAGGUUUAUCGCUUUCUGGACAUGCCAUUAACGAAAUGCAUCAAAACAUUUAAGAUUAGCUGUGGUCUGAAGUUCCACCUCACGCCGAGUAAAUCAAGACUGAAAUGUUUACAUUUUCACCAACCACAAUAAAUCACCGUUUGAUGAUCAGAAAGCGGCAAACCUUUACAGAGGAAUCAAAACUUCAAAUUAAUUUUGUGUGUCUUCAGACUCCGUUGUGCCACCGUGAAUGUUUUCAGAAAGGAAGUAGUUAAAAAAAAAGGCAGUGGAAGCAACUGAUGGAGUCUUUAAUGGAAGACUUUGUAAAACUUAUAAUGGGACGACUGAUCCACUGGCACAGACCACCGAGACUCUUAAAAACUAUCAAGAAGAAAAAAAUAAAGAGAAAACUUGAAAGUAUAUAUAUAUAGUAUAUAUAUAAAAUGAUGUUACUUGUCGCACCAUGUGUUUCUGUUUUUCAAAGUUUUCUGGGGAAUGAUGUUAGGAUCAAAUACAAAAUAUAAAAUGUGAUUUUUUGUUUUAGACAAAAAAUCUUCAUGAUUAGAACAGAAAAAUGUUGAUUAUAACUAGGCAGAAAAACAAAGCUCAAAACUGAUAUGGAAAAAGCACACACAGCACAAAAAACACACAAACUGGUAAGCACACACCCCAAAAGACACACACGAACAGAUGCCUAUAAAAACAGUACAAAACAUUAAUAAUGACUUUUAACAAUUACUGUUGUUUCUUUUCUGUUUUGAUUUCAUUUUUGCCAAAGUCAAUAUUGUUCUCUGGACUUGAUAUAAAUAAAAAUUACAUGUAUGAAACA